AUGCGACGGGGAUGGUUAGGUGUCCGUGCCGCUGCUGCAAGCACUCCACGUGAAUCCUUUUUUCUGCGCUGCAUGUGUUGUAUUCUGCGCUAUCGAUGCAGCGUUACUCGUCGUCGUAGUAUUACUAAUAGUGAUUGUGACAAUGUGGCUCUUGCGUCACUUGCGGGAUGUCAUCCGGGGCCGUCGAUAUUUCAUUCUUCGUUACUGAUGGCACGUCGUGGUGCCGGUGUGGACCUUCUCUCGCCACUGGCGAAACUUGGGCACAGCCGUGACUUGGCAGAAGACAUUAAAGCCUCUCGGAAGCGUUCCAACAAGGAGAUUAUUGCAUCCUUUGAGAAGAUACGUACAUUUGAUGAGAUUCACUACCGCAAGACGGAUCGGCCGUGGGAAUUGGUGCCGAAGUAUUCAAAGAAACGGGUCAGUGAUCUCUGCGGCCUUUUAACCACGGAGGAUCGCAUGGAAAUUGAGCAGACCAUCGACAAGAUGCAGUCACUGUGUGAAGUUGACAUGUACGUUGUGCUUGUGCCAACAGUUGGCUACACAACACCGAAGGCCUUUGCCAACUCCAUCAUGUUUGACUGGGGCAUAGGCGAGCCGGCAGGUAAUGGCCUGCUGCUGCUCAUUGCGCAGCAUGAGGCGACAGUGCACCUCGUUGCAAGCCCUGCCAUUGAGGAGUACUUUGACACGCAUUUUCUUGAGCCUGCGGUGCGUGAGAUAUUUCAACCGCUCGUGCAGGAAGGGAAGCCAAGCUACGCGACUGUGCAGCUCGUGUAUGCCAUUGCACGACAGGCACAAGAAAUGCGGCCAUUGUGGCAACGCGGUCUACUUGCCAUGUCCACCCGCAACAAAGUCCGCUUUGCCGUCAAGACCCUUUCAUAUGGUGUCUUCAUCGUUCCGUACCUCGUCUGGGGUUCGCUGAUCUUCCUCCUCUGUUCAGUAGUGCUUGUGAACCAGAUGCUUGACACGCUUUGCCCCAAAUGCAAUAGUCUGAUGUCCCGUGUACGGGAUGACAAGACGAUGCGGGAGGUGAUGACGCGUGGGCAGUACUUGGAGCACGUUAAUGGAUGCGCCUUUUACCGCGUGUGGAAGUGCCCACAUUGCGAGGAUGGCAACCGUGUCGUGCUGGCUUCACGUGACCUGCACCAAAGCAACCGAUGCCUGCAAUGUAUGGACUGUCACUAUUACACAUGUUCACUGACGAAGGAGGUGCAAAAGCUCCCUACCAAGGAGGAGGAUGGCAUCAAGCAGUUGCUAUAUACAUGUGAGAACUGCCGCGUGGGCCGCGAAGUUCUACUGCCGCUGCUUCGCCCGUUGGAUAUGAAACCGGAGGAGAAGUGGUACGACUUCCUUAUUGACCGCUCACAGACACACAAAAAGACAGAUAUCAAGCUGUGA